AAAGGAAAGAAAGCUAAACAAAAUAAGGGACCCGCAGUUGUGGAUGGCCUUAGUCCUGAUAACAUGAGCAAAGAGCAGCUUCUCGAACACAUCAGCCGAUUGCGAGAAGAAUUAGAUCGAGAAAGACAAGAGCGUAACUUCUUCCAACUGGAACGCGAUAAAAUUAAUACAUUCUGGGAAAUAACUAAAAGGCAAUUAGAUGAGAAAAAAGCAGAAUUAAGAAAUAAAGAUCGGGAGAUGGAAGAAGAAGAAGAAAGGCAUCAAGUCGAGAUUAAGGUUUAUAAACAAAAGGUAAAGCAUUUGCUUUACGAACAUCAGAACAAUAUUACGGAACUAAAAGCAGAAAAUUCAGUUUCACUUAAGCUCGCACAAGAUGAUAAACGUGGUCGAGAAAUGGAAUUGGAAAAAGAUAAGCGUGGCUUGAAGGUUCAAAUAAAAGAAAUGGAAUUAUCAAAUGAAGAUAUUAUGAAGGAUCUUAAGAAGAAACACGACGAAGUGGUUACCCAAAUGAGACAGGAGUUUGAGAGAAAAUCAAGAGAGUUGGAAAUAAAGUACGAAAAGAAAAUGAGAGACUUAAGAGAUGAGCUUGAUUUGCGAAGAAAAACUGAAAUUCACGAAAUUGAAGAGCGUAAAAACAAUCAAAUUAAUACUUUAAUGAAAAAUCAUGAGAAAGCAUUCAGCGAUAUUAAGAAUUAUUAUAACGAUAUUACGCUGAAUAACUUGGCACUAAUCAAUUCUCUCAAGGAACAAGUUGAAGAGAUGAAAAAGAAAGAAGAAAGAACUGAAAAGCUAAUGCAAGAGAUUCAGUUAGAAAAUAAACGUUUAACUGAACCUCUUCAAAAAGCACGUGAAGAGGUUACCGAAUUGCAACGCCAGUUGACCAACUAUGAAAAAGAUAAAUCUUCACUUGCGAAUGCUAAAGCAAGAUUAAAAGUACAGGGUGAAGGAUUAAAAAAUCUUGAAUGGGAACAUGAAGUGCUUCAACAGCGUUUCGAACAAUUGCAAUUGGAGAGGGAUGAUUUAUAUACUAAAUUCGUAAAAGCAAUACAUGAAGUACAACAGAAGAGUAGCUUUAAGAACUUGCUACUUGAAAAGAAGCUUAAUGCUCUUGCUGAUGUUCUUGAAAAGAAGGAGGCUCAACUAAAUGAAGUUUUAGCGGCAUCUAACCUCGACCCAACUGCUCUAUCAGUUGUCACAAGAAAACUAGAGGAUGUCUUGGAUUCUAAGAAUACAGCAAUUAAGGACUUACAGUAUGAACUCGCCCGAGUCUGCAAGGCUCAUAAUGAUUUAUUAAGAACUUACGAAGCUAAAUUAAAGUCAUUCGGAGUUCCAACUGAAGAGCUAGGAUUUAAACCUUUGGAAACAACAGUCAGCGGACAAGUUUUGGGUAAAGGACCGGCAGGCUUAGUUUCAGCCUUACCAUAA